CCAUGAACCUGGGGGAUGGCUUAAAGCUCGAAACUGAAUUAUUGGAUGGAAAAACCAAGCUAAUAUUGUCUCCGUCUGAACAUAAAUCUAAACUUUCUGUGAAGAUGGGAAAUAAGGCCAAGAUUGUAAAAUGUUCCUUGAGACCUAAACAAAAUGGACACAUUCUAAAAUCAACACAAAAUACUUACAUCGGUAGUAAAAAACUUUCGCAGAAGCAGAGAACUGGUUCAGAAGCAUCACUGGCAAAAAGUGAAAAGAGCAGUAUGACGUUCUCACCCACUAAAGAUUUCUGUAAGCAGUACGCAGAUAAAGACUGUCUUCAUCUCCGGAAAGAGGUUUCACCUGCAGCACCUAAUACACAGAAGACGAGAAACACCAUAAAUAAAACUAUGCUGAUUAAACAGAAGCCUUGCAAGGAACACAUAGACGACAGCAUGGAGAGCGAUUUGGUGUUCCUCACGCAAGACCAACUACAGCAGAUUCUGAUGACGAUAAAUCAAGGAAGAAGAUCCACUCCCCUGACUGAGCAUGGGGAGGAGGAAACAAGUCAGUACAGUCAACACUUAAACAAUAUUCCUGAUCAGCCAAAGGAUGAAAAUAUUAUGGGAAUACUACAAAAAACUGAGGCUGUUUCAUCUAACCAGGAUGAAAAUAAGUCUGCUUUUCUGAAAAAUGAGAUUAUUAAGGAGAAUGAACAGAAACUUGCCAUAGAAAAUGUAUGGAAACCAGCCGAUAUAUUCAGUGCUUUGGGGGAAAGAGAACGAGAUAGAAGUUUGUUGGAAGCAAAAAAAGCCCAGUGGAGGAAGGAGCUUGAUGAACAGGUUGCUUUAAAGAAGAAAGAAAAAGAAGCUUCUGAAAAAUGGAAUAAUCCUUGGAAAAAAGUUGAAAGUGAUAAAGUAGUAUGGGAAAAAUAUCCAGUCAUUGACAGUUACAAGUCUUCUUGUAGCUCUUCCAGCAUUCUGUCACAGACUCCCUAUCAAGUAGCCAUGGUCCAGAUAGAUGGGCGCUCACUCCCUAGAGCCAGUCAGAUUCUAGAGCUAAGAGCUAAAGAUGUAAGUCUUCGUGUACCACGUGGCUUACCCUUGGAGGCUGCACUCGCCUUUGGCUCCCUUGCACACGUAGCUGAGAUCUUCAUUGCCGAACGGGUUGAGUGCAAUCAGGCAGCAGAGCUGAAAACUGGAGCUGCUUUGAACAGAAUGAGAUUAGGCCAAGUCCCCCUACCAACUGCACCACCAGAAAACCCGCCAGCACCCAGCCACGGCUCCAUCGUCCCAGCGGAGAAAUGGCAGGCUGCUCCACUGAGCUCCAAGUCACGGCCGCCGGUGCUUCCCAGAAAGGGCCGCUCCGUGACUCGACUCUCCAGCUUCCAAACCACCAGGUCGGCUUCAGUUGCGCAGAGGCCGCACCUGGUAGUCUACGGCAGGGUCAGCCAGUGGUGCCAAAGGGGUUCUGGCGGGGAGUGGCGAGACCAGAGCCCGGCCCGGCCCCAGGGCCAAGUGGUCCCGACGCCCGUGAAGCCGCUUUCACUGCGGGUCAAGCGGCUCAGGCCUCCUUCCCUCGCCGGGCAGUGCCCGUCGGGGGAGACGCUCCGCCCAAAGCCGCGUCGAGUGGGCUGGGCCUCGGCGCCACAGAGGAAAGGCCGCCGUCUCUUGCCCACCCCGUUGGUUGUGCGGGGCGGGACGAGCUCGCCCUCGGCCAGCCAAGCCGACCGACCGACCCCCGGUGCGCCUCGCGUCGCCGAGGGCGUCCUGGACGCAGACCGACGGAGAGUCCCACAGCAGCCACCGACCCUGGGCGACGGACGGAAGGCUCCCUCCCCACGGCAGCUGGGCCGUCUCUCAGGCCCCUCGCCCUCCCUGAGAUGCCCAAGACGUUUCUCCGCCGGGAAGAUGGAGGCCGCGGGCAGUGGUGCCGUUGGUAGGGGGACUUGGCCUAAUCUCACGCUGUUCAAACAGCCCCAGAGUUUUCUGAAAGGAUUCAGCCGUCCUUACGGUUUCCGGUGUGGGGACAGGCUCUCCGUGCUGAGGGUGCAGGGCUGGGCUGCUGUCGUUCCUACAGAAAGAAUCUCUCUUCCUCCAGCACUCUUCCCUCUCCUUUCGUCUUGGGGCCAUAUCCAGCUGUGUCCAGGGGCUACCCCCGGCUCUGUGUUCCAGGAUCCACUCUCCACUCCCGUUGGAGCUCUGCGGACUUUGGGGGAGGAGCCUGAAAGAUGGGCAAUGCAUUUCGAUUCAUUGAAGAACUAUCCUGAUCUUCGGUCUCAGCUGUCCUCUCGGUCCACACACAAACAACCAGAGUACUUGUGUGUGUCUCCAGACACUCAGGAGUUGACCGAUAUCAGCAGUGUUUACACACCUGCAACAGAGAGCCAGGUUGAGCCAUCAGAGGAGGAGACUUUUACAAGACCCGCUCGGGAUUCGGUUAUGGUGAACAGUCAAAAAACAAACUUUCUUCGUUCUAUGACUGCUCUCUUGGACCCAGCUCAGAUUGAAGAACGAGACAGGCGACGGCAGAAACAGUUAGAACAUCAGAAAGCCAUCGCUGCUCAGGUCGAAGAGAAACGCAGGAAGAAGCAGCUGGAAGAAGAGCAGAGAAGGAAGGAAGAACAAGAAGAGGAGCGCCGCUUAGCCCGAGAACGAGAAGAAAUGCAGAAACAGUAUGAAGAAGACAUGCUUAAGCAAAAACGAAAGGAAGAAAUAAUGACUCUCAAGACACAUGAACUAUUCCGGACAAUGCAGCAGGCACAGGAGCUGGCACAGAGACUCAGACAGGAACAGAGAAUUCGAGAAUUAUCUCAAAAGGGACACGAUACAUCUCGACUGAUUAAAAACCUUGGUGUUGAUACAGUACAACCAGAAUGGAAUACAUCCACUCUCCUUUUGGAUUCAAGGCAUGGCUUGGAUGAAGUCAGUGGUCAAAUAAAUACAUAUAUCAAUCCCAGAACCUCUCCCAAGAAAGAUACUGGUGUACAAACAGAGGACUUAAACACGGGGAUAUGUGCCAACGCAGAAUCACACCGUGGAUCAGUAAGAGAGAGGGAGACCAGAAGCUCUUCGUCUCCUGAGAUUCCUGCAGAAUUUAAUGAACAGUUUAACGGGAAUAAAGAAGCCAACUUAGAAAAAGAAAACAGCUGGUCUAAUGAGCGGCAAGGCACAAGAACAGAGAAGCAGAUGAAACAUCUGAGGAAAUGUCCAAAAAGACCUGACUGGAAUAUAAACCAACCACUCAAAAGGUAUAUUCCAGCCUCUGAAAAGUAUCCUAAAGAGCUUCAAAGGCAGAGAGAAGAAAAGAAAGUCAGAAGGCAGAUGGAACUGCUUCACUUGUUAGAAAGGAAUCAUCCUGGACAUCUCUGUCAAAACAGAGACGUUGCACCCGUAGAUCACUCACCUAAUCAAGAAACAGAGUUCAGGUGGCGACUCCUGAGAAAGGAAGAGUCUUUAAAAAGGAAUUUGGUCAGCAAGGAAAGGUCUCAGUCACCACCGAUUUCAGCGGUGAAAAAUGAGAUACAACAAACACUAAAAAAUAAUUAUGAGAGAGAACAUCUGACCAAGGGACACAGUCUGCCAGAAUCAUCACAUGGGACUUUUGAACCACUUCACUUUAUUCCUUAUGUCAGAACCAAUGAGAUUUACUAUCUUGAUCCAGACGAGCCACUGUCUAGGCCUGCGUCCCAGGAGCCCCAGCGUCAAGAUCCGCACAACUGUGACCAAGAACAACAGCUCUUUGACCAUGUCCGGGAUCCACUUCUUAAUCCCAAUCUGGUGAAAAACCGGGAUCGACAACAAGCAAUUCUUAAGGGGCUCUCAGAACUGAGACAGGGCCUUCUUCAGAAGCAAAGGGAGCUGGAAACUAAUCUCAUGCCCUUGGUUUUAAGUCAAGAAGAGAAUUUUAGUUUUUUAUCCUAAAUUUGGAAUGCCAUACCUUAUUUCUGUUUUAU